AUGUCGGAUGCGCUCGCAAGCACUCUGACGCCGUCAACGAUCGUAUCUUUCAAGAAGGGCAAACACGAUGGCGAGAAAACACCUCCCUCUAACCCCUCAACGCAAAGCGCAACCAGUGAUGAUGCACCUUCUCGACGACCAUCGCUCGCCACGCUUCUUUGCCUCGCCGCCCUCACCCUCAGCAUCUUCCUCGUCGCGCUAGACACCGUGCUGAUCCCGACGGCUCUGCCAACAAUCUCGCUCUCCUUCCACAUCCCCGACUCCCUCUACGCAUGGACCGGUUCCGCAUACCUCCUCGCCAACGCCGCCUCGGUCCCCUUCUGGGGCAAACUGUCCGACGUCUUCGGCCGCAAACCCAUCAUUCUCAUCGCGAACUCUAUAUUCCUGGGCGGCAGUGUUAUCUGCGCAGUGAGCAUCAGUGCAGUCAUGCUUGUCGCUGGCCGCGCAGUGCAAGGCCUUGGGGGCGGCGGCGUGGUUGUGUUGGUGCAUGUGUGCGUCGCUGACAUUUUUGCUAUACGGGAUCGCUCCUUUUAUUUGGGGAUUGUGGGCGCGGUAUGGGCUGUGGCAUCGGCGCUGGGGCCGGUACUCGGCGGUAUUUUUGCCCAGAGGUUGAAUUGGAGGUGGUGCUUUUAUAUUAACAUUCCUAUAACAUCCAUCUCAACCAUCCUUCUUUUCUUCACCUUACACCUCCAUAAUCCUCGCACAGCCGUCCUGUCUGGACUGCUUUCCAUCGACUGGACGGGCACCAUCACCAUCCUAGCGGCAACUCUAUUUCUUCUCAUCGGCCUCCAACAAGGCGGGACAUCGACAUACGCACAUCCUCUAGUCCUGUCCUUCCUCAUCGCUGGUGCCCUUCUCUUUAUCGGGUUCCCAUUUACUCAACACUACUCGGAAAAGCGAAGCCGAAGCCCAAUAAUGCCCCUCCGCAUCUUCAAAGACAUGUCGAACCUCUCCGCUCUAGGCGUCUGUGCCUGCGACGCCCUAGUCUUCAACUCAACAGCUUACUUUCUUCCCCUCUACUUCCAAAUCGUUCUAGCAAUGUCGCCGUCCACAACAGGACUCUACAUGCUGGCCAUCGCUAUCCCUCUCGCACUCGUCUCUUUCAUCUCCGGCUAUAUCAUCGAGAAGACAGGUUGCUUUCUCGAAGUCCUGCAAGCGGGCCUCGCACUCAUGACGCUCGGAAUCGGUCUUCUCAUCUCUCUCCAAAGUAAGAUUGAGAUGGCAAAAAUCAUCGGCUUCUUAAUUGUCGUGGGAAUAGGCUUCGGACCCAAUUUCCACGCCCCGCUCAUCGCCUUGCAGACCCGCAUCCGGGAGUCGGACAUUGCGGCUGGCACGGCUGCGUUUGGGUUUGUGAGAAUGGUGAGUGGUGCGAUUGGCGUUGUCCUUGGACAGGUUGUUUUUCAGCUAUUGAUGAGGCCGAAUCUCGAAGGAUUCAUUAGUGCGGGGGUAGAGAGCAGUUUUGCACAAAAGUUGGUUGGUGGAGAGGCGGUUGCACAGGCAGGAGCUGUGCACGAUCUACCAGUUGGGAUGAGGGAGGUUGUUAUAGGCGGUUUGACAAGGGGGUUGAGAGGGACGUGGAUCGUGUAUACGGUUGUCAGUGCGGUGGGAUUGGGCGUGAGUUUUGGUAUAAAGAGGACGAGGCUGGGAAGGGAGGGGAAGGGGGGUUGA